AUGGACGAAAGUACAACGGUUUCCAAUAAAACUUGUUUAAUAAUAUAUUUGCGUUUGCCCUUUGAGGGAGUUGCUUGCAAUUACUUUUUUGACAUUGUUGAAUUAGAAAGUGGGAAAGGAGAAUGCGUUUUCAGCACACUGCUAGCAGCUCUUGAAAAGUAUGGCAUUACAAAUGAUAUACUAAAAAACCACCUUGUAGGUGGUGGUGGUGAUUCCCUAUAUUCUGCGUUUUCUCGAAGACCCAAAAAUCAGAGACUACUACAAAGUGUUUCACAAGAAUUAUCCUCGCAGCUAUUAAAACUAGGCUGUAUUUUUCGCGUAUGUUGGGUUGCUUCCUCAUUUAAUGCUGUUCGAGCUCUUCUUGAAAGUCACACUUCUCUUGUCCAUCUUUUUGAAAAACUGGGACAUGAUGGUUCCCGAUCAACUCAGGAGAGAUCUAAAGUUGAAAGUUUACUAAAACAUCUCACAAAGUGGUUGCUUGUAAUGGAAUUAGUUAUGCUUUAUGAGGCCCUAGAAGUUCUUCAAGUAUUACCAUUCAUUAUGCAGAACAGAAAUUCUUUAGUCCUUAAAGCAAAACAGGAAAUUGACGUGGCUAUAAGAACUCUUGAAACACCAAAAACAAAUGACUCACUACGAAUUAGGAUGAUAGUACAAGAGUUGGAGGCAAAGCGCACAGUCAAAGGGCUAUUAAUUAAAGAACCAUCUUACAAUAUAAAAAACCGCUUUGAGGACCUGGAUUUCUUUUCGGAUGUAGCUGCAUUAAAUUCAGAUACAUGGCCUUCAGAUGAUUAUGAACAUGUGAUUUAUGGCGACAUGUCACUUUCUCGCUUGUUUAAUAAGGUGGAUUUUAAAUUACGUGAAAGCACAUGUGUGUCACUAGUUAACGAUUUUCGAAUCUAUAAAGAAAAUCCUCAAUACAUGCCCAAUUCUGUGAAGGAACUUGUGAAAGCAGUAGAAGUUAUAACUAUAUCUACAGAUGAAUGUGAACGCGGAUUUAGUGCCAUGAAUUUAACACUGACUGAUCAGAGAAAUCACUUACAAGUUCCGACACUUUCAAAUCUACUUCUCAUUUCAAUAAAUGGACCUCCACUGCAUUGCUUCGAUGCAGAAAAAUAUGCAGCAAGGUGGAUCAAGUCUCAGCACCAUAGCGAACUUGAAAAAUCAACGGGCAAACCCUCGAAUCUUCAGGAGCAGUCUCAUUCAUCUCGUCUCUUCAACUAA